AUGUCUUUACAAAGGAUCAUGCAACAGAGCAGCAAUGGCAAUUUCGUGGAGUACUGUGCUGGUCCAGCGUAUAGCUCUUACCCCACACUCACAGGCAGCUUUCCCAUGGAUGAUAAUAGAAGGCUUCAAAUGCUGGCAGAUACUGUGGCUACUUUGCCUCGGGGAAGAAAGCAGCUUGCUCUGACGAGAUCAAGUUCUUCAGGUGACUUUUCCUGGGCUCAAAGAAAGCUUGUUACUGUGGAAAAACAAGAUAAUGGAAAAUUUGGGUUUGAAAUUCAGACUUACAGGCUCCAAAACCAGAACACCUGCUCCUCAGAGAUGUGCACCCUGAUCUGCAAAAUCCAGGAGGAUAGCCCAGCACACUGCGCUGGCCUGAAAGCUGGUGAUGUCCUUGCAAAUAUCAAUGGUGUGAGCACAGAAGGUUUUACCCACAAACAAGUUGUUGACCUGAUCAGAUCAUCAGGAAACCUGCUAACGAUAGAGACUCUUAAUGGAACAAUGAUUCUCAAAAGAACAGAGCUUGAGGCAAAGCUGCAAGUUUUAAAGCAAACCUUGAAGAGAAAAUGGGUGGAGUUCAGAUCUCUGCAGUUACAGGAACAGCGCCUGCUUCAUGGUGAUGCAGCUAACUGCCCAAGUUUGGAAAAUAUGGACAUAGAUGAAUCAGCUUUGUUUGGACCCCUGCCUGGUUCAGCUCUCUUGGACCGGAGUCGAUUAUCCAGUGAGAGCAGCUGUAAGAGCUGCCUGAGCUCCAUGACGAUAGACAGUGAGGAUGGGUACCAGACAUGUGUGUCUGAAGAGUUGAGCAGGGAAGCCUUCAGCCAGCAGACAAGCACAGAUGAUGAGUGUUUUGUCCUCAAGGAUGGGGAUGAUUUUCUGAAGAGGUGUUCUUCGAGGAGGAACCAGAGCAUUAGUUCUGCUAGUAGUGGGUCCAUGUCUCCCUUGUGGGAAGGCAACUUCUCAAGCAUGUUUGGGACUCUGCCCAGGAAAAGCAGAAGGGGAAGUGUCCGGAAACAGCUCUUAAAAUUCAUCCCUGGCCUUCAUCGCGCUGUGGAAGAGGAAGAGAGUCGCUUUUAAUGGGUUGUAGUGCCCUUUCAUAUUAGCUUAUUUCAUAAAUAUCUUCAGAUUCAUUUAGACCAACUCCACCCAGCUUAGUGGGAAAGUGCAGAUGGAUUGCAAAACUGACAUCCCAU